AUGGAAGUGGAAAAGAGCAGCAGAAGGAGCUGCUUCACUCAGACCUCCUGCCUGGGUGCAGAUUUAGGGGAAGACUCACAGCUGGAGUAUCUCAGUGCUCACGAGGAGUACGAAGAGGAUAAGAACAACUGGAGUGAGUUUUCUGAGCAGGAGGAGGUUGGAGAGGUGAAGGCCACGCCACUGGUUGGUGACAAGGUGCCACCCCAAAUCACAGCAGGGGAAGAAGAUUCUGGAAAGAGCCAGAGACCCACCCACAGCGUGGCAGUGGAGCCAGACAUUCCUUUCCUGCCAUCCAGGGAAGAGGCCCAGCUCUCUAAACACGGAGAGCCCUCCUACUUCAGCAGCUGUGAAAAACCUGCAUUGUGCACUCGUGGUACCAGCAGCACUGCAGAGGAUGCUGAAACCCAGCUCCCAGUCCCUGAAAUCCUCCCUGGCAAGAAUCCUGGGGCUGCCGUGGAAGCUGCAGAGAAAUCCUCUGGUGGGAGCCCCAAGGCUGUGAAUUCAGAGCGUGGUGAAGCCCCGAGGAGCGUUGCCAGUGUCACUGUGGAUGCUGGCUCUGAUUCCAGAGCUGGAUUCCCAACCAGCAAGAGCAGCAGUGCCCAGAUCUAUCUGUGCUCCAGGGCAGUGAGCACAGAGGUAACCAUGAUGAGCAAAACUCAGCCUGUGGGGUGGCUGGAUCAAACCUCUGUGGAUGCUGCUUCCAACACGGAAUGGUCCUUAGGAGCUCUCAGCUCACACCUGCAGGAAUCCAGAGAUCAUCUGUCUGACAGGUCAGAACAUCCCAACAAGCAAACUGGGAAGAAUUCUGCAUCAGGCUGCUGUCAGAACAUCCUGCAGAGAGCAAUUGAAGCAGAGCUGCAGCUCCUGGCCAUCCAUUACGAGAUGUGCUACCAGCACUGCUUGAAGGUUUAUGAGCUGGCUUUGGAGGAAAACACCUGUUUUAAUAGCUGUGAGAAAAAGGCUGAGUUCUAUUCAUCUCUGCUGUUGGUCUUGGAUGAACUGGACAAGAAUUACAGUAACAUGAGAAGGGAAAUAAACAUGGGCAUACCUUUAAAUGAACUUCCACCACUGUCAGUUGAGCUAAAGUUUUCCCCACUCUCUUCCUUUUACAUCCCCUCCAAGUUUUUCAGAAAGAGUCUUUACUCUGAUUCUUGGAUGUGUUUUAGUGAUCUUUCAGGUGAAGGGAAAGCUGACUUUGAAGAACCAAAACGUCAAGAAAAGGGGAUUUUUGUCAAUAUGGUAGGGAAUUCUUCACUCCUGGGUUUUGGAGAUGGUCCAAAUGAUGUUGAGAAGUAUUUUCUCCUUAUAGGUGCCCGCAAAUGUGAUCAGAGUCUUCAGGGCUCUCAGGACAACUCACAGACUGAUGGUGAUCAGCCAGGUGACUCUGCUUCUUCUGAGACAUGGGAGGAACUGCUUAAAGAUCAGCCUCUGGAACGUGGCUGUGUAAAAAAUGAGGAAGGAAGUGAGUAUUGGUUUGAUGCUAAGGAAGACUUGUCAGUGGCAGAUAUUUCAGUAAUGUGCAAAGAAAUGAAAAAGCAACAAGGAAGACAAGACUCGAGAGGUAAAGUUGUGUGCUUUAAGCUGAUAAACCAAAUAAUGGUGUUUAUUAUUGGAGUGCUCUGUUCCUUCUUCAAGCUUAAGGAUCCUGGGGAAAAUUCCCUGCAGAAAAUAUCCACUUCUUCCUCUGUGAAGCCAUCUGGUAUCUUUGUUUCUCCUUAUGCACUGAACUUGAGCAGCUUUACCAAGUUAGUAAGGAGACUUCAAGAAAAGCAUCCAGGAUUUAGCAGAAGUGAAAUUGUGGAGGCUGUGCAGGAGGUGAGGAAAAUGAACAAAGGAGUCCUGAGUGGCUUGGCCAUCAGUUCUAUUGAGGAGAAGGCCUCUGGCAUUCUGAGGAGUUCCACAUGCUGCUCUCAGCAGAAGAAGCACUGAGAAAGGCCCAAAGUUCUGAGAGCUCCCUGUAAUUUGGAUUCCAACGCAACUGGAGUGCUUCGCUGCUGAGCUGUGUGGAGGGCGCUGUCACACAUGUUCGGUGCAGAGAUGACACCUAACGGCCAGGCCUUGUGCAGCCUCUCAUCCAUCCAGAAAUCCCAGCCCUGGCUCCCUUCUGCAUUCAGACACCGAUGGUUUCUGCCUGGGGGCCAGCCCUGGGCUGGAAACCUGACAGAACCAGACUGUGUCUUGUCUUUUUCUCACACCAAUCCCUUUGCACGAUCUUGGGGCACUGCAGGAAGCUGAAGGUGCUGAAACCACAGCCCAGAAUCUCAGGGAGGUGUCUGUCCAUCCUUGCUUUAGUCUCCUGCUCAGCUUGGUGCUCUGCUUGUUUUGGGUACCUCCUCGCAGUGCCAUUGCCACAUUUCCUGCAAAAAGGAAAAGUCUUCAUGUUAAUCUCCUGUUUGACUUUCACAGGACUGCAGAUAGGGACAGA